AUGUGCUUCUCUACCCUGUGGAGUGAAGCCAACCUGGCAGGGGCAGGACCUCUCAGUCCCCAGCCAGUGGGGGUGGCGGGCGUUGCCGUUGGAAGUGCUGGUCACAGGGCUCCUGGAGCCAGUAUCGGCGAGGGUGCCUGUGGGCACUGGAGGUGCCGCCAUGCCGCUCUCUUGCGGGGUGGCAGACCUCAGGACCCACUUCCCUGGAUGCUCCCGAGCCUGUUCGCUGCCUUCAAUGUCGAGCUGCUGCUCAUCCUCAGUGGCCUCUUCUUCGCAUUCCCUUGCAGAUGGCUGGUCCAGAAUGGGGAGUGGGUCGAUCCCGUUGUCACAGGCCCCCUCUUCAUCCUGACUUUCUUCAGUCUCGUUUCCCUCAAUGUGUCAGACCCUGGCAUCUUGCAUCAAGGCUCCAACGAACUGGGCCCCAUGAUGGUGCCUGUGGUGUGGGUGAACCACAGGGCCUUCCGCCUGCAGUGGUGCCCAAGGUGCUGCUUCCACCACCCGCCCCGGACCUACCACUGCCCAUGGUGCAACAUUUGUGUGGAGGACUUUGACUACCACUGCAAGUGGGUCAACAACUGCGUCUGUCACCCCAAUUUCCGUGUCUUCAUGCUGUAGGUCCUGUCGCUAUGCCUGUUCUCGGGCGCCAUGCUGGUUACCGUCCUGAUGUUCCCAGUGUACAGGACUCAGCUUCCCUUCUCUAUGGACGAGAUCGUCGCCAACGUGGUUGCCGUACCCGCCGCCGGCUUCCUGGAGCCUCUCUUCGUGCUGCUGCUCAUCAAGGCCAGGUCGGUGAGCGCGGCCGAGCGCUGCCACGAGGGCCAGUACCGGUACCUGCAUGUAAACAACCCUUUCGACCUUGGCUGUGCCAGAAACUAGUAUUUCACACUUUUUCUGCCGCAAGGACCCAGGUACAUGGCCGAAGCUGUCGGGCUGCAGAGAGUGGUGGGGCCAGACUGGGUGCCCAUGCAGACCCUGCACUGCUCGAUGGGCCCCUCCACACCCAGUCCCCUAGCCGUUCCUGGGCCAGGAUCUGGACCCCAGGUACAACCUCUGGGUCUCUACACACUGGAACAGGGUCCCCCAGGCAGCGGCGAUCCCGAUCCUGCACUCCUCCAGAAGAAAAUCCCACUGGCAGAACUGCUGCUUCUCCCUUCCUUGUCCUGAGGCCUCUGAGUCACCCUGACUCCACCGCAGUCAGCAGACCCAGUACCUUCUGUCAUCUUUCCGUGGAGGCUGGAGCUCUUGUUCUCGUGGGAAGCAGCUCAUUGAAGGGGAGAGAAUUUACGGUCCCCAGUCAUCCUGCUGUCACCUUCAUGCUGAGCUGGCUCCUGGGGACCCGCUUCUUCCCAUCACAACUUCCCAAUUUGGUCAACUAACUCUGUCCGUUUUCCCCCAGCCUGCUCCCCACAGCAUGCUGCCCCACAUAUCACCUUACCCCCACCCCCUUCUUCUUUAAACUCUAAAAUAGGAGGGCAGGGGAAAUUAUGUCCAUUCUUCUGUCUGGCCCCAGAUUUUCAGGCAGGCAUUCAAAAUAAAUAAAAAAGUAAUUUUUUAUCAAA